AUGCGCGGCUAUUACGCUGCGGACAUGCGCAUGACCUGGGGGACCUUUCGGGUAGACAGGAAGCUUUUGCGCAUGCGUGUCCGCCGGUGGGCGGACAUGCGCAUUUAUCUCUGUUACUCUUCGGACAUACGCAACCCGAACAAUAAGACAUACUGGAUGCACAUGCGCAUGUCUCUCUUCUGACAUGCGCAUUUCUUCUUGCCUAUUAGCACGGUGAUAGAUUCCACCAAUCACAACAAGGAGGAGGUAUGGAAAGACAUUUAAAUAGUUCCGGGGGGGGAUUAUACAUGCGGUUCACUUCAUUAUUUUUUGAUUGCCCUUGAAAAAGGCGGUUAGUCCGCCGAAACGCGCGUUGGGCUGCUUUUUGUUUCUACUUAGACCUAUUUGAGGUUUCUCUUUAUGGAUACCAGGAUGUUACACCGAUGUUUGAGCUGCUUUUUGCUUUGAAUAUUCGUUGUUAUAGUGAUAGAGUUUAGUGAGUUAAUUGGUGGGUAGAUAUAACCUUUUCAAUCUGCUGUACUAUACCUUUGUUAGGUUAUUCCCACUUUAUUUUUCACUCUCACUUAUUUACCUUCUCUAUCCUUUCGAUUUCCAAACAUUAGUGUCUACCCUGUGGGGUCUAGCGCAAGAUAUUAGUUACUUUACAAUUUACCACUCUGUUAUGAGUGAGUUUGAUAUUAAGUAUAUACACUGAUCUAUGUGAGUCUGGU